ACUCCGCAUUUUCAACGCUAGGACGAUUUCUGUCGCCAUUCGGGCACUGGGCCGUAUUCAUGGCCGUAUUCGAGUUUUUUGUUUUGCGGACGUCGUUUUUGUUGGAUAAGUUUACAUUUUCGCAUAAAAAAUACAGAUGUUCGAAGGUGAAUGCAUUUUGCCCUUGUUGCCACACGCAAGUUAACUAGCUUUGCUUGCCAGCAUUUAAAUGAUUUUGAAGAAAAGAGAUAUCACCAUUAGGUGAUCCACGGGGUGAAAUGGAACCUGGUACUAUAGUAAGGUCACUCUCUGACUUCGACUCUGGGCUGGAUGGAGAGCUGUCACUCAAGAAUGGUGACGUGAUUCAGGUCGUAGAGGCAGUGGACAAACACUGGACUCUAGGAGAUCUAAGGGGACAGCGUGGGAAGUUUCCGUCUAGCGUUGUCGUGGAAGUGAAACCUCCGUUGCUGAACCCCGGACAAGAGCUGUUUGUUGGUGUGGCCGACUUCAUCUCGGAUGUCCAAGGAGACUUGUGCUUCAGCUCUGGCGACCUUAUUGUGGGAUUGUCACCUGUGGAUGACAACUGGUGGGAGGGAAGGUGCGAAGGACGUAGCGGCAUCUUCCCAAUGUCCCACGUCUGGAAGGCGGAUUCUACCAAGCUCAGGUCUGCCGCAGACUCUGCAUUUGUGGACUUGUGGGCCCGGGUCAGGCAAGACAUGGCAGCCCAGCUGGACGAUGAGCUCUCCCUGGUUCAGGGGGAGAUGGUUCACAUUACCAAGAUCAUCGAUCAUGAUUGGUACUGGGGCGAAUGCAAGGGGCAGGAAGGAAGAUUUCCUCGGAGGUUUGUCACGGUUCUACCUAAAGAUGAGGCAGAGAUCUCAGCCGUAACGGCACCACCGGCCGCGACCGAUACGGCACCUGAGCUUAGUCGUUACGAUGCUGGCCCCCCUAAGCCUCCAAGAACUUUCAAGGCUGAAGCGACCAAUAGCGAAGAUAAUGAGGACAGCACCGGAAGUGGCUACCACAGCCUCAACAGCGGGAUCGCUCCUUAUGCCCGUGCCAAAUACCCAUUCAGCGCGCAGUACCCGAAUGAACUAUCUUUUAGCGAAGGCGAACUCAUCACUAUGAUACGCCAUAUUGACGACGAAUGGACGGAGGGCGAAUUGAACGGAGAAGUUGGACUUUUCCCCACGGAUUUUGUCGACAUCAUUGUCGACUGUUCGGAAGCAGCAGCUCCUACGCAGGACAGCACGCCCGUUGUGUCGGAGUUCCGUGACGAGGAGCCUGCGAGGUUUGGGAGGGCGCUCUUCGAUUUUACGGGCGACGUUGCUGGCGAUUUACCGUUGAGGGCAGGGGACGUAAUAGUGUUGCUCGGCAGGCUGAACAGUGAUUGGUACAGAGCCAGAACACGGGACGGAAGAGUUGGAAUCUGCCCCACGAAUUUUGUGGAGGAGAUGUCGCGGUCGCCGGACGCCGGAGCAGAGUCCAAGAAAAUGGGAAGGUACAACUCAGCACCGAGUUGUCAGAUUCUGUCAAAGGUAUCAGACGACAGGAAGAGGAAGACGCUGACCAGGCCUUCUGCAGUCAACGAAGUGGAAAGCGGUGCGGCAAUGAACAGCCUGCCAACUGGGACUUCCUCCUUGGUUGAAGAAAGUGCUGCUCACCUCAGAAGAGCCAACACAUUGACGAGCUCAGAGAGUGCAGCUUUCAAAAGGGAGGUGGCAAGCUUUCAUGAACCCAAGACACCACAAAAAAAAGGUCCCGUCCCAACUCGUCCUCCACCGCCCAUACCUCGGAGUGCAACUUCAUCCUGUCUGCCGAGCAGGGCAGCUCCCCCUGUUCCAUAUCAGGAACAGCAACCCAGAGAGGCCACAGAACGUGUAUGCGAUGUGGCUGACGUAGCAGCAGGGACGGGCUUUGCAAGUGGUGCAGUUCUUGCAGAUGAACCAAAUGCAGACAGCAGCCAAGUGAAAGCAGACGUCGACAGAGAGAGAGCGGAAGAGAGAAAGAGAAAAGUACGAGAACAUCGUCAGUGUGUCAUCACAGAGCUGUUGCAGACGGAACGCGACUACAUAAAAGACCUACAGAUCUGCUACGACAUCUACCUCAGGGACCAGUCUGCAAGCAAGGACCUGGAAAUAGACAUGGCCACGCUAUUCGGAAACCUAGACGAAGUGAUAGCUGUUGCAAAUCAGCUCUUGUCACUCAUUGAAGAUGAAGCACGAAAGACAGAGCAGGAUCAGAUGAUUGGCUCUUGCUUUGUGAAUAUGGCUGAUGAGUUGAAGGAAGUUUAUGGGCAUUACUGCAGAAAUCAUGAUGAUGUCAGUGGGUUGUGGACAAAGUACAUGGAAAACCCGCAGACAAUGCAAUUUCUCCAAGCUGGUGUAGAACAGAUGCAACGGGAAACAAACUGCUUUGACUUACCUUCAGUGUUGAUAAAGCCAGUACAGAGAAUUCUCAAGUACCCCUUGCUGAUCAACGAACUGGAGAAGUCAACAGAAGAAGGUCACCCAGACAAAAAGGUUCUACUAGACGCAACAGCGAGGAUGUCUGACGUUGCAACGUCCAUCAAUGAGUUCAAGCGUCGGAAAGAUCUUGUUUUCAAGUACAGAAAGAAUGCUGAUGUCAGCCUGUCAAGGAGAUUGGCAAAGUUAAACUUGCACUCUGUUUUGAAAAAGUCAUCGCGUCUUGGCAUGAGGCUAUCCUCAACAUUUGGGUUCGGACCACUUGUGAAGGACGAGGAAUUCGAAAGGGAGGAACGAGACUUUCGAGUGCUUGAAAAGGCAAUAAAGAUGUUCCUGAAAGAUCUUGGCAUGUUUUGUGACCAACUCAAGGAGAUUAUCCAUGUGUCAUUGCAACUGGCAGAAAGUAUAGCGGACUUCUAUCAAGAAAUGAAAUCCAUGACUGAAGUGGAGCAGUAUCGAACUGUGCAGCGGACUAUCUGUACGGAAUACUGGCAGCAAUUUUCUAUGGCUGUGGAUAGAGAUGUUGUAGCAGUGCUGAAGCAGGUGCUGCAGAUGUUUGCUGGCCCAAACAAGCUUAUCACCAAGCGUGAACACAAGCUCCUCGAUUACGCUGCUUGCCGAAGUAGGGUAGAGAAGAACAAGGACAUUUCAAAGCAAAAGACGCUUUCGGAUGAGGAGCAGAUGGCGAAAAACACGUAUGAGGCUUUGAACUCUCAACUUCUUGAUGACUUGCCAAAGUUGUGCUCCAUAUCAGCAGACAUCCUACAUACGUGUGUUCAGGAUUUCCUUCGUGCACGAAAGAUGCUGAUUGGCCGUACCACUAGAGAGCUUAUGACUCUAAUGGAGCUUCCACUGAUGCUGAGUGCAAAAAGCAGUGGGGAUGUCCUGGAAAACUUCAGGAUCAAGCAUGUCCUUGUGUUGAAGACGCUUGCGCAAGAACCCCUCAUGAGUGACCACAACUUCUUUGCGAGUCUCCUUUCAAAAGCAGACGCAGCUACACUUCCAAAGAGUGCACGCUCAAAGGCCAAUUCGAACAAGAGGUCUAGUCUUGGGGCCUUGCCUGCGACACCAGGAAUUCAAGGCCCACAAACAGAAGCCCAAAAGGUGUACAUCAAGUCAACCUACAGCCCUGACUCUCUAUAUGUUGCCUUGGAAGACUACAUGGCUGUGGAUGUGCUGGACAUGAGCCUGAAAAAGGGGGACAUCAUUGGUGUUGUCAAGCGACAAGACCCUAUGGGCAGCUCCCUCCGCUGGUUCGUCGACAAUGGCACAUCUAAAGGCUUUGUACCCGCAAAGUAUCUGUCUUCACUGCCACCACCUCAUCGGUCGAGUCUUGCCCCAAGCGCUCCUACAGUCGCGUCACGAUCGCCCUCGCCGAAUUCGCAACAGGGACGCGUCACUCCGCAACCACGAGCCAGCGAGCCUCCUCCACCUUACAGUGAAAAGGAUCCAUUGCAGAUGCCCUUAUCUAUGAGCAACCGCCCUGCAGCACCCCCUACAGCAGCAUCAGCCACAACAAGAUUAUCGUUGCCUGCAGUGCCCACACAAAGUGCUAACCAAGAUGUAGCACGGAAUCCAGGACGGAAAAGUGACGUUACUAUCUACAACUACUCGUUCAGCCCUGGUGCAGCAUUGGAUUCAUCGGAUGCAGGGGUAGCUAGUGGCGAGCCAAGUAUAGGGUCUCCUAUUAAAGAAGCAACACCGGCAACGAGGUAUGACAACUGUGAGUUUGACCCUUUAGCACCGGCAGCAAUCGCAAACCCAAUGGAGCAGCACCCGACCCACAAUGGACACACGGUCUUGGGUGGCGGUGAACGUUACGCAAAUAUUGAAGUCGAGAGCAACCAGCUGUUCCAGCAACCACCCGCUGUGAAUGAGUACCAUUAUGCCCUGUACCCGUUUUCGGCGAGUGGACCGCAUCAACUGAGCGUGGCACAGGGCCAGGUGGUGCUAGUGCUCCACAAGUACGACCUGCACGGGAAUCCAGACUGGUGGUUCGUUCAAGACAGGCACAACAACAAAGGAUACGUGCCCGGGAACUACUUGCAAAAAUACCAGUGAUCUGGUGAACUGUAUAGAUGAGUCAUAUUCCCCAAAGAGUGUACAGAUGAUCGAGGGCAUGCAUUGUGAAAUAUGAGCAGUCCGUGAAGUUGUGUUUCGUGAAUGACAAAAUGUUUGGACGUCUAGCAAAAGUGUGAAAAUGAGUGUUGAUGUAAAUGCCGUUCUCUUCUACUCUGACUUCCAUGUUUUUGAUUCUUGGAGAACAUGCUAGCGCGGAACAAGCAGCCCAUUUCUGAACGGUGGCUGCGAGGAGUUCUAUGAAAACUUGAAUCUUGUUAAUCUCCGUACCAAGGUACGAGCACACGUUUGUGAGUUCUUUUGGAUACUACUGGCUGCUCCUAUGAAUUUCGUUUUUAGAUAGGGCAGUAGGACAUAUUGUUCCUGCAAAAGUACAGGCUUGCAUUUUCUCUGCACAUGGCUUUGCUAUUCAUUGUGCAAAUACAUGUAACAAAAAUAUCUUAUGUAGAUAAUGUAAACGUGAAAAAUGUUGAUGAGAAUGAGAAGUUACCCGUAUCAUCCGUGCCGCUUUCCACACCUUUUAUACACCAUUACUUCUGACCUUUAUGCGGUGAGAUUUGGUGUACCGUGCAUGUUAAUAUAAUAUGCACAUCCACGUGCAGCUCAAGAAAAGCAGUUACAUGCCCUUGUUGCCAAGUUGCACACAAGAAAAGAGGCACUGUUUACACGUGACAUGUUGACGUAUAACUAAUGUGAAAUGGGUGUGAAUCUCUAAACCUUUGUGUUGUUUGUAAUAAAGGAGGCAGUUGGUUUGCAUGAAAUGUUUAUAAUUAUGAAGGCAUCAAAUAUGUCAUCUGUUAGCUCAUAAUAAACUUUAUAGCAACAGUUACGAUGCAGUAGCACCCACGUUAAACUGUGCAGAAACUAUACAGGGUGUUUCACCUAAUGUGCUAAAAAAUUGCGUGGAAAAGUUACUUGUGUGACAAUUAUGGGGUCAACACUGUUUAUGUUGGGGAAGCUCUUGCCAUGACUUUUAUCAUUUUGAAGGCGCGAGAAAUUGAAUUCUCCUGAUUGAACUCUAAAAUUUGCUAAGUCAGCCUUGCAUGGUUUUCCUUUUUUUCUUCUUCUGUUUUUGCCAGAAACAGAAAACUCAUGUUGGAUUUACCCCAUUCCACUGCAGUAGUAAUAAUAAUAAUAAAAAAAAAAGAAAACGUUGUUUAGAGGUGCGCACAUUGUCGGCAGAGCUCGGUUCUCUGUCAAGUUAAUGGAAGAUGCGGCGGAAGAAAACAGCUAUCCACCUCUUCCUGUUUCCUUCUCACUCCUUUUUUUUUUUUUCGCAUAACUUUGCAUUUUAACCAUGCUGCCGUUAUCAGCAGAAGCAUGGAAAAGUGAAAGGGCAUUUCCAUGGCCUCCUAGCAUUGUUCCCUUAGGAGAUCUUUGCUCGUCCCACAAUUUGCGCCCAUCACAAAGACGUUUUUUUUUUUUAGCUUUUUUCAGCUAUUACCGUUGCUGUAAGGAAUGUGUUUUGCAAUGGAAUUGGGUAAAUCCAACAUGCACUUUCUGUUUAUGGCAAAAAAAACGUCUCGUUGACUUGGCAAAUUUCGAAGUUAAAUUAAGAAAAUUCUGUUUCUCACGAACUAAAAUUUAUAAGAGUGCUCGGAAGUCACGGGAAAAGCUCCCCCAACAUAAGUGGAAUUGACCCUAUAAUUUUCACACAAGUAAAUUUUUUAAUACAAUUUUUACUGUGAAACAUCCUGCACAUGGCCUAUCAAGAAGAAGAAAAUAGUUUUUUUUAAAAUUCGUUACAGAAUUUUUAUUAGAAAACUGGCAGAGCAAAACAGAUGCCGUUUCAGCAGGUGGGUUAUACGGUAAGGCAGACAUCCUGUGGGACAGCGUAUGCAACUGCUGGAUGACUAAUUAGCCAAAGUUCAUUAAUUAACUUAUUAAUUAGAUGUUUUCUGGAAAAUGCGGUAUAGCAGAAUUGGAGCCAGUCAUUAUUCAAACCCAUCGUUCUUAUUAAACACCCUGAGAAGCGAACGUACUGUGAGAUAUAAAUUGCCAAAUUUCUCUAUGCAAAUGAGCUGAAACCAGAACUACGCAGUACUCUAGCACAGAAAGAGCGACAGGCAAUCCCGGUGAGUGGGCAUGUGCUUUGGAGCGAUGGAGCUGAAUCGAGUAGGUGCUAAUUGGAGACCACUCUCUGACCCAGAUAAGGUGAAGGCCGCGUCGUUGCUGCGCUCGGAAAGCGUGUAGUUCUAGUUUUGGCUUAUUUGCGUAGCGAAAUUUGACAUUAAGUACGUUCGCUUCACAGGGUGUUUAAUAAGGACGGUGGAUUUGGAUGAUGACUGGCUCCAAUUCUGCCACCUAGCGUUUCCCAGAAAACAUCUAAUUAAGUUAAUUAAUGCAUUUUAGCUAAUUAGUCGUCCAGUAGUUGCAUCCAGUAGUUACGGCAUCUAUUUCGCUCUGCUAGGUUUAUUUAUUAAAAUUCUGUAACGAAUAAAAAAAAACACCCUGUAUAUCUACAAAUGUGUGUAAUAAAAAAGAAAAAUUGUUACCAUUUCUCAUCACACAUUUGCAUAGCUUGAAAAAGUGUAAUGGGAAAACUUAAACAUAUUAUUGUGCUGCUGGUAUUGGCAUUUACAAAGUACUAUGCCAAACUUGUGUUAUACUUCAUAUGGUUAGCUUCUAAAUACAGUACUUGUGACGACACAGACAGAAUUCAUUCACUUUGAGUACAAAAACGUGUUUAGCUAGAUGCCUGAUAUUACCGUGAAAGUGCUGUGAUGUGCGAAACGAUACAAACAAUCGAGAACGUUGUAGUACCAGAAAUAUAGCUAUAUCAAAGAAAAGUGUAAAUAAGUAGCAGCAAAAAAGGAACUGUGUGGUUGUUAAAUAUGUGUCUCAAAGCGAACUUGGAAUGAUAUGAGGAAGUUCUUGUCACAACAGUUUAUUGUAGCUUGUGAUACGUCCUGCAACGUGAAUUAAUUAUCAGUAUUAUCAUGAUUUUUUAUUUAUUAUACAGUUAACAUCUAAACAACAUUCCAUGGCAAGGUAAAGAAUGGUGAGGUUUGGCUGUGAUAUUUGGUGUCAAAGUGCUUGUAGAAUAUUGGCAUGUACAGGGUGCUUUUUUAUGGUAUCGAUGCUUUUCUUUUUUCAAAAUCAAUUGCAAGCAGGUUAUAUGGUCAUGCAGACUUUCUGUUCAAAUGACUAAUUACCUAUAAUUAAUUAAUGAAUUUUUAACUAAGGUGCAUGUUUUGUUUUGUGGAAUUCAAGGCUGUUGUCAUUUAAUGCCAGCCCGUCUUUUAACAAACCUGGAACGAGCACAUACUUUGGGUAAUCCGUCACCAGAUUUUGCUAUGCAUAUCAGCCAAACCUGAAACCCAGUAUGAAAGAGUGUCAGAAGGCCAAUACUUUGGAAGGUGCCUUCCCCACAUAAAGCUUCUUGGUUUUCGAUUGGAGUUUGAUUCUUCAGAUCUAAACGAUGUACAAAAACUUUAAUUGAAAACUUGAUUAAUGGCUGCAACAAGUUGGGGUAGUUGGUGAAAUGACAUGUUGAGGAAUGACAGAGCGAAGGAAAUGGUGAACAAAGAAGCAGAUGCAAGUAUUGUAGUAAUAGAUCACCUGUAAUUUCGUUCGGAAAUGACGUCGGUGCCCUGGCUUCCGUGUCAAGCGCCUCACAGGUUCCGAUAGCCAAGGUGCUUUGUGCUCGCUGCAUGUUUAAAAUUGGUUUCCCAGUCGUUUCUGAACCAGUAUGGGUGGCUGUUGUGCUGUUGUGAAGGGCAGACUAUUCCCUUCAGGACUACAAUGCCAGGUAUAGGCACAGCGACAGUAAUGCUGCGUAGUUCUCCAGCAUAUGAGUGUAUGGAAGAAUAUGAAAUCCACAGCAUCAAAAACUAAUUUUUGACAUUUUCACAUUAUCUGUUUUCAGCGGCAGCUGAAAAUCGCUGCUUGCACACGUGACGCGCGCUUGAAGUUUGCUUGUUGCAGCAGUUAUACUCAAUGUUACAUUACGUGCGUGCUUACCGUCAGUAAAUUAGUUUAUGUACACACACAGAAAAACACAGUCUAUUAGUCAGGUUCUGACAGUCACGCUUUACCGCUUUCUAAAGAUGUUUCUAGAGCCAGGCACAUCCACCUCCAGCACCCAUGGCAUGCGUCGUCUGCUAGCGUAGACACGGAAGUCUACCCUUUUCCCAUGAUUUUUCCCAGUUUUUUUUCCUUUGCGCUGUCAUUCCACAACGUGUUGUUUAACGAAUUUUUGCCGACUCAUCUGGUUGUUGCAUACUGUGUUGUGCAGAAUGCCAGCCGUAUAACAUGCUUGCAAGAGGGGCAUCUGUGCUGCUCUCGUAGAUUUUUAAUUAAAAAAUAAACUGUGUAAAAGGGUGUUGAAUGUCUUCCACAAUUUGGGCUGCUAUGUGGCAGUGUUUUAAUUUCAGUUGCAAGUUCACUACCUUUGCAUUCGUGUCAAAGUGAAAUGAAGCUUUUUGUCAGAACCGCACCAGGCAGCAUUACAAUACACAUACAUAUGUGGAAAAAUGCGUGUAUGUUUUGUGUAUAAAUCCUACAAAUUACAGUGCUGUAUAAUAGUGAUAGUGGGAAUUGUAUUUGUUGCAGAGCUUGCCAUUGGCUGGAACUUUUAUUUUUAUUUUUUAGUGCAUAAAAUCUAUUGGGGGAUUCAGGAAGUCAUGUUACGAUUCAGACAAAAAUUUAUUUGGCGUGGUAGGUGUUCUGUGGGAUUGGGUGUUAGUCCCUACAUAGUGAAACACUUCUAUUGUGUAUCAUUCGUGUUCCUGCUUUACAUUAUUUUUUAUCUUUUCCAUAAUAUGACACAUCUAAGACUGCAGUCCUAAGGAUUGCCUAACUACUUGCUCUACAUAUUUUGCACUUUUAUAGAAUACAGCAUGGAGAAGCUGAUGAAUGAUCUUCAAUCUCACGAUUUCCAUCUCAGGACUCAUUGCUGUACAUGAUAUUCCAGAGAAUUUAUGCAUGUUUUAAUUACGAAUUUUCUUUGAAACAUGGCUUCGUAAUUCAAGUAGACCAAAGAACUAUAUACCAUGAAAACUGUCUUUGGGCUGUAUGGUACAUCAUUUUUUAAAAUAUACGUUCUGCAUCUUG